AUGAAGCCGAUAGAGAAGCAACAAGGAAACAGAUACGCAAAGAAGAAGUCCAGACCAUCGUGCGCCAAAGCGUCUGGGUGCCCGCACGCAGGAACCUUUGCGAUGAUGCAGCAUAACGAAAAGAAGAAAAAAGAAGAUGAGAUGAACAACGCCGAGAAAUGA